AUGAUUUUGAGUGAACUCAAUAAAGUCGAAAACAUGAACUGGACUGAAGGAUAUGCAGAAUGCCAUUUACCAAAAGUGGCUAAUCAGAUAAAAUACAAAUUCGGCACCCAAAAAACUUUAGGUAAAGAUCGCUUUCCAUGUAUAGCGCAAAGAAAGUGUCCAAAACAAAUAUGUCAUUUUGUUACGUCCGGAAAAACUGAUAAAAUUAAGCAAAGCGGGUUGAAAUCAAGAAACAAAUUCAUUCUUAUGCGGGGGCUGCUUCACUGCAUGGUUCAGCAGCUUCGAAACUGCUCAGAUCCAUUUAAUGCAAACCGGGCAAAAGUUGAAGAGGUUUCAAAGAUAGCGUCAGCUAUUUGGAGAACAAAUAAAGGCGUCUUCCAGUCUUAUCACGAAAUGCUUGCAGUUUUCGAAGAUAGCAAGUCCACAAACAUCACUAUUUCAAAAUCUACCCUUAAAAAACUGACCGAAGCCAUUGGAAGAGAAUGCAUACCAUCAACCUACAGUUACGAAACGCUGACGAAUGGGGCAGACACUACAGCCAUGGAGAGCAAGAAAACGUACAAGGCCUUCUGUGGCAGGUUCUCUCUCAAGGAGGCUACGGGUAGGGUCAGGAAGAAGAAACCUACACAAACAUUUGCCCUCCGCUCCGCCAAAAUCGAAGACAUCUUUCUCAUAUAA